UGAACUACUGAUAUCAUGGAGUAUUGGAUUCCAUAGCUUCUUCUCGAGAUCAUCUUCCAAUCUUUCUGUAGACGGUAUAAUUCACAAGAAGUAAGGCGAAGAUCCAUGGCCAGAGUGAUUUUGGUGGCGCACGACGGAACCGGUGACUACCGGACGUUGCAAGAGGCAAUCGACACCGUACCUUUCUCCAACACUCGCCGGACUGUGAUUCGUUUGUCUCCGGGGAUCUACAAGCAGCCGGUGUACGUGCCGAAGACUAAAAACCUCAUCACGCUCGCCGGAUUGAGCCCCGAACUCACUGUUAUCACCUGGAACAACACCGCCAACAAAAUUGAUCAUCAUCAGCCAUCACGAUUGAUUGGAACUGGAACGUUUGGGUGUGGUAGUACCAUCGUUGAAGGGGAGGAUUUCAUUGCUGAAAAUAUCACAUUUGAGAACUCUGCUCCUGAGGGUUCUGGCCAGGCUGUGGCUAUCAGAGUAACAGCUGAUCGUUGUGCUUUCUACAAUUGCAGAUUUCUUGGGUGGCAGGAUACCCUUUAUUUGCAUUACGGGAAGCAAUAUUUAAAAGAUUGCUAUAUUGAGGGAAGUGUGGACUUCAUUUUCGGGAAUAGCACCGCCUUGCUGGAACAUUGUCACAUCCACUGCAAAUCAGCCGGUUUCAUAACUGCCCAAAGUAGAAAAUCUUCUCAAGAGGCUACUGGUUAUGUAUUCCUGAGGUGUGUCAUAACUGGCAACGGAGGGACAGCAUACUCGUAUCUUGGGCGGCCAUGGGGGCCUUUCGGGAGGGUGGUUUUUGCACACACGUACAUGGAUGCGUGUAUCAAACACCAUGGUUGGAAUAACUGGGGCAAAACCGAGAACGAGAGAUCUGCUUGCUUUUAUGAGUACAGAUGCUUCGGGCCAGGGAGUGGUUCGGAUAAACGUGUAACGUGGGCGAGAGAACUAGUUAAGGAAGAAGCCGAACAAUUCCUAAUGCAUUCUUUCAUCGACCCAAACCCCGAAAGGCCUUGGCUGGCACAAAGAAUGGCUCUUCGGGUACCCUUUUCUGCCUAGCAUACAUACAUAGUCGUAUAACCAAAGUUUCCCUAGAUCUAUUUAUUGGUUAAUUACCUAAACUCAAAUGCACCUUUUGUCAUUCAUCACGAUGCCGGUUAAACAACACGACAUUUUUCUUCUCAAAAAAAGCAUUCCGAUGUUGAUUCCGUAACGUGACCAAAAUUUGAUGAGAAUCGUUAAUAAGAGAAUGGAAAUGAAUUUAUUCGUCAAAUCGGUAUCAUUAAUAAGGCGUUGUUAAUCGGCGAAUGAUGAUAUGAUAUGAUAUGAUGCAUGUGUUUUUUGGUGAUUAACAUUUUACUUGUCGUAAAAGGAUCGGGUUUCUUUUUUAUAAUCGAGCUUUUUGAGGUCGAGAUCAAGCGUACCGAGUUUGUUGUGAAAUGUAAACGAUGAAACAUAUUUUGUUUCCACGUAUGAUUGUAUUGUAUGAUCGUAUUUAAGAGCAUAAAUAAAAAAUG